CAGAUAAGUUAGAUGUGUAAUAGUUUAUGUCGCGCUGGGGAACAAUUUUAUAUUUGCGUUUUAGUUGUUCGUUGUUUUCAUUCAACUGCUAGGCUUAUCAGUGAGCUGAGUCCGUCAGCAGUAGUCAACUAACGUUUCCGUCAGCUGUGUUGACACGACAGGAAGGAUCGCUAACUUAGCACUGAAGUUAACGUUAGCAGUGGCGAUCAAAUAACGGUCUAGCCAUUUGGCUAACACCAGUUGUCCCACACCCAGGCCAGGAGCCAGAGAUUAAAGACGGCCUCUGUAAUUACUUGUUUUCUAUCCGGGAGAUUGUUUAGCUAACGUUAGCGUUUUGGUUUGCGCGCUCGCUGUUUUGCCACGAUAACAGCAACAUUUUAUUGUGGGCUAGCUCAGCUAAGUUGUCGCUCAGAGGGAAAAACAAGGCAACGGUACGUCGUGGCCGAAACUGGCGCAGCUUUCGCUUUUCAAAGUUGACGCUUCCCGUUAUGAUGAAGUAGCUGCGGAAUAAUACAGCUGCUAUGGUGUCUGUGUUAGCGCUGGUGAGUAAACCACACCUUAAACGGGGAGUGACACUUAACACGGCCAACACGGCGAGGACCUAAAGUUUUCAGCUCGCUGCAGGGGCCACUGUAGUGAAAUUUGAGUCCAUGCUGUCUCUCUCCGUGCUUUAUUCAACACCUGCCAAGUUGAACGACUGACGGUGAGACACCUGGUCCAGCAUGAAGGCCCUCGGAUCCAGAUUCUCCUUCUAUGCGGGUUUCGUGGUGGGAACCUUCACACUGUACGUGUUCCUGCGGCAGGUGUGGUUUGAGAGACGUCUGUCAUCGCAGCAGGCCACCAGCCUCGACAAACUUCGUGACUACCAGCAACAGCUUGAGGAAGAAGAGAAGAUAUGGAAGAAGGAGAGGUCUGCUCUUUUCAACCUGAAGCACCCUCAUCAUACAGGUGAGGAUGGCCGCAUGGCUGAUGAACUAUACAAAAAGGUGCGUAUUCUUUGCUGGGUGAUGACUGGACCAAAAAACCUGGAGAAGAAGGCUCGGCAUGUGAAGUCCACAUGGAGUCGCCAUUGCAAUGUUGUGGUCUUCAUGAGCUCUGUGGAGGACCCUGACUUCCCCACGGUGGGCUUAGGUACAAAGGAGGGUCGGGACCAACUAUACUGGAAAACGAUCCGGGCCUUUCAUUAUGCCUAUGAGCAUCACGCCCACGAGGCCGAUUGGUUCCUCAAGGCAGACGAUGACACCUACGUAAUCGUAGACAACCUGCGAUGGGUCCUUGCGAACCACACGCCAGAGGAGCCGAUUUACUUUGGCCGAAGAUUCAAGCCCUACACCAAGCAGGGCUACAUGAGUGGCGGUGCUGGCUACGUGUUGAGCAAAGAGGCUCUGCGGCGGUUUGUUGAAGGAUUUAAAAACAAACUGUGCACUCACACUACCUCUGUAGAGGACCUUGCAAUGGGGCAGUGCAUGGAGAAAGUUGGGGUGCUGGCAGGGGACUCCAGAGACAGUGUGCACAGGGAGACAUUUCACCCAUUUGUGCCGGAGCAGCACCUCACUGCCAAGUUCCCCAAGAGCUUCUGGUACUGGAGUUACUGCUACUACCCCAUCUCAGAGGGUCCAAACUGCUGCUCGGAUGUGUCGGUGUCCUUCCACUAUGUAGAUGCUUCACACAUGUAUUUAUUGGAGUAUUACACCUAUCACCUGCGUGCCUUUGGCUACAGAUACCGUUACCAGCCCCCGGUUCCACUCGGCUACAGUAUUGAGCAGUCCAGUUCCUGGGAUGCUGCAGAAGGAAAAAAAGAGUCGGUUUCUCAGGACAAAGUGCAGGGAGAGGGUGAUGAUCUGUCCAGGACUGACAAGAGACAGGAUGCAGAUCCCCCUCCUGCAGCUGGUAAAGACCCUCCUGCUGCUCCAGUGGGAAAAUAACUGUCGGACUGUGAAGGUGUGUGACGGGAACUGAUCAUUAGGUAGGAGCAAUGUGUGUUUGGAGUGUUCGCUUAUACAUUCUGAUAAUCUUGGCUCAUAUUUCUACAAAAGUAGAGAAACGGUCCACUUUGAUUAGAAGUGUCCCCACAUAUAAGUGUGUAGCCUGAGGAUUCUCCAGCUGAAUGACUGCUACCAGUGUGAACUGUGACUGCAAGACUGGUCCUCAGGCUGAGAGGUGAUUUAUGACUUUUACCCUUGUUUUCAGGUUUGUUGGGUGGUUUUUACAACCGUGCGUCUUCUUUUAAAGUCGGGAACAGUGUCGGCUUCAUUCAUUUGAAAACUAAUUUUUAAUCCAUGUCAACCUAGUAUGGGAACAGAGUGUUUUCCAGAGCCACUUAAAUUUAAUUUGGCCCACCAAACCUUGAUCUACCACUCUGUGCAGCAAAGUAGUUCUUGACUUGCUGGACUUGUUUGACUUCAUUUCACACAUAGAUAACUAUGUGCCUUGGAGACCAGUGAGACCCAAUCUGUGUCUUGAGCCGAUCAAACAGCUGACAGAUUUUUUUUUUUAUUAUUUUUUAUUUUUAAAAUGUGAAAGCAUUCAAGAUGCACUGCAGCUGGAUUCAAAUCUGAAGGGCCCCCAAGGUCAUCGUGAAUUAAAUUCAAUUUAAAUCAGUGCUUCAUCUUGUGCAUUCAAAGACUCCCUGUCAAUAAGUGACAGAAGGAUUUGUUUUAUAUAUACUGUCAUUACCGCCUCCCAAACUUGAUUCUGGCUGCAUUCAAAAGCAUUUUCACAAUUAAUGCAAGUGUAAUGUUUAGGUCCAUGUUCUGUGUAGGAAUAAAUGAUUUUUGUUUAGGCUUGUACUGUGGUAGCUCUAAAAAGAUUUUAUUUUAACAAUUAGAGUUUAAUGAUUAUUUCGAUUACUGAUUAAUGCACAGAUUUUUUUUUUUUGAUUGAUAGAUUAAUCAUUUGGUCUAUGAAAUAAGGUGAAAAUACUCAGUGCUUUUCAUAAUGUUAAUUACAUUGUGUAGGUGUUGCUGGUUACUAUGAAAGUGCAACAAAAGUAUUUUUGCCCCAGAGAUGUUUGAAAAACUCUGAUGUCAACAUUCAGCAAAAUAAGUGUGAUUAUAUUUUAGCCAUGAUCUUGCAGCCUUAAUCAAGUGUUAGUGAAAUGGAGAAAGGCAAAUACGUCAUACCUACAUCCUUCCCAAAACUCAACAUCUUUAAAAGAAACAAAACAGAUAGUACAGAUAUGAGGUUAACUUGGUUGGAAAGCAUUGUUCAGAUGCCGUCAUAUUUUUCUGUGGCUAAUAGAGAUACAUUGAUGUGGCCGUGAUGCUUUAAGCGAUGAGUCUAAAUUUGUACAAUCCAGCCAAAGACUUCCACCAGGGGUGAUAGCACACUGAAGACCAACCAAUCAUUAUCGAUGUAGUUGUGGUGUUGGCGAUGGUGCAGUGAAUCUUGAUGCUUCUCAUUCCCUUUUAGAACCGGUGUGUGUGUGUUCAGUUAAGGGCAAACAUUCAGGAUGUUUAGCUGCUCUCUAGCUUUUUGUUCAUCUGAUCUAGAUCCGCCUUCGGUGGCGAGGCACACCUUGAGCUGAAUGAGGAAGCACUUACACUCCAACCCAUCCCUGGCGCACACUUAUCUACCUGUGCUUCCUGAAACAGGCACUGGAUACACACAGUUCCCCUCAGCGUUCCCCAGUGGACCCAUUAGCUUGUGCCUUGUAAAUUGAGAUUGUAUGAGCCAUCAGCUGCACAUAUGACUUUGCACUGUGACAUCAUCAUAAGUAUAAUUUUUUGAAUCCCUCCAACAUAAUGAGUAGGGCCUUUGGGCAAGCCAGUGGAUGACUUAUCCAUGACAGCUUCUUCUUCUGUUUUUCUUUUGUUUUGUUUUUAAUAAGCGAACAUUUUUCUCUUACACAAUUUUAGUUUCCACAAUGUUGUGUUAUUUCAAAUUCUGAGCGGGCCAGGCCUUUUCUUUUGUAGUUGGUACAUUGUGUGUAUUUAAAAGUAUUCAUAACAGUUCCUUUAUUACUUUGUAACCAAACACAAUUAAUUUUGUGGCAGAUGCAGUAAUGACCAAAUACAGAAAAUGGCUUCAGGAGUCAGGCAGGAUUCAUAGAUGAUUCAAGCAGAAUAUGUUUAUAUGACAGUUGCAUGCACUUUGAGUGUUAUAAGUGCUGUUUUUUCUUUUUAACCACUUAAACAUUUUAUUCUCCUUCAAGGUUAAAAAUGUAUGAGGUAAUUAAUGCCUAUCCAAAUGCCUUUUUGUAAGUGUUUACACUCGGUUCCUCCUGUACAUGAGCACAGCGCAUGUUCCGUUAAUUUUUUUUUUUUCUAUUAAAAAUGGAAAAGUCCAGUUUAAACCAAAUCAGCAUGUUUUACAUAAUGGCUUCUUUGGUAAUUAAUGAACUUGUUUGACUUCCAGUGAAUUAACAGUCUUUGAACAUUUCAGUAGCGAAGGACUGCUGUGCAGAUUCUGACUGAUCAGUGGAUCAUGAGGGCUCAAACACUUUGUUGAUAACCACCACCGCUGGUUUCUGGUGCCAGUGAUACAACACAUCAAGUCCUCGACAAUCUACUCCCAACAUUCAAAUUUUGUCAAAGGGGAAAAGUGUACAGAACUGUAUUUAUAUUUAAAAUGUAUUUAUGUUGGUAUUGAUGUCUUAAUUGAGUCGAUACACUUCAGCGUGUAAAUGAGUUUGUGUGAGUGUCUGAGCACACGUGAUCAGUGUGCAGGAUCGUUUCCAGUGAAUGGUACUUUAAUCACUAUAAAUAAAUGCAUAUUUUAUUGUA